UUCUCCUGGAAUUAUCAGGAAGGUUGUGAGCAUAUUUAGAGUACUAGUACACCACGAGUAGUGGUCUACCACUAACUUGUCAACAAUGACGACUCUCAGCUCAGAUUUCAACUUGGAUGACCUGUCUGCUGUGCAGCUGCCAAGUGGCGAGCUCGAGAGAUAUAUUCACGCUAACUUUGGAUUACCCGAAGAACAACCAGUCCAGGCCACUCAAGAAAUGAAUGGUCAGGUUUCGUCACAAGUCCAGACCGGAGUACAGGGUGGCAUGAUCCGUCAGGUGCAGUCACCGAUGUUUUCUAGUGCUGCUCUCACCUCAGAACCAGCACCUCAGCAAGCACCUGCUCGCUCAAGCAACCAGCCAUAUAUGGAAAUAGUCGAGCAGCCCCAGUCACGUGGACUGCGGUUCCGAUACGAGUGUGAGGGACGAUCUGCUGGCAGCAUACCAGGGGAACACAGCUCAUCUGAGAGAAAGACUUUCCCCACUAUAAAGAUACGUAAUUAUAAGGGCCCAGCUAUAGUAGUAGUCUCGUGUGUGACCAGAGAUGCUCUCCCACACUGUAAGCCACACCCACAUUCUCUUGUGGGGAAAGAUUGUAAGAAAGGCGUAUGCACAGUAAAGGUCAAGGACACGGACACGAUAACAUUUCCUCAUCUGGGCAUUCAGUGUGCCAAGAAGAAAGACGUUGAAAACAGUUUAAAACAGAGAAAAGAAAUUAAUGUGGACCCUUUUCAGACUGGCUUCAAUCAUGGCAUAGGUCAGAUUGAUCUGAAUGUGGUCCGUCUGUGUUUCCAAGUCUUCCUGCCUGAUGCAAGUGGAAAGAUUACCAGAGUUGUCCCCCCUGUGGUGUCACAACUCAUCCAUGAUAAAAAGUCUGUCAACGAGCUGACAAUAUGCCGCGUUGAUCGCAGUUCGGGGAAGGCGAAAGGUGGCGAUGAGAUCUUCCUCCUGUGUGAAAAAGUUAACAAAGAUGAUAUCCAAGUCCGAUUCUAUAAAGACACAGCUGCUGGUUGCAUGUGGGAAGAAUUUGGUGAUUUUGGACAGGGGGACGUGCAUAGACAGUUUGCUGUUGUGUUCAAGACCCCACCUUACAAAGAGGCAUUCAUACAGCAACCCGUAGACGUGCUUAUGCAGCUGAAACGACCGUCUGACAAUGAGACAUCAGAAUCGAUUCCAUUCACUUACAUGCCCGAGGAUCCUGAUCCAGAUAGAAUUGAAGAGAAGAGGAAGCGCAAAGCAGCACAUUUUGUUCAGAACUGGGGUGGUUCAGUGAGUGAGCGAGGAAAUGCCACAGUCAAAGAAGGCUUGCGUACGAAACUGAGAGCCAAUCGCAGGAUCAAACAGGAAGGAGAGCCAAUGAUGCAAGACGAACUACCCAGAUACUCCUUCACCAACACCGGCGCCAGUGCAACAGCUGGGAGCAUGACAGGCAUGCCCACGAUGAACAUCCGCACAGCAGACAACACUGCCAUGGGAAGCAUGACCGUCUCCAACACAGCAUCCACUGCGGCCAACCCCCAGUUUCAGCACUUGAGGAUCGACCACACGGGGAAUGUAAUUGACAGCUCGGUUGUACAGAACCAGCAGCAGCAGCAGAACAUCAUAAUUGAAGGAGGCCAGAUCAACAUUAACCCUGAAACCAUCGACAUGGAGUUACUUCACGCCUAUCUCCAGGACGCACAAGGAGGUAGCAAUGAUGCCCUGUCGGCUGACCUGCUUGACGAAACAUACGACCCAAACGUUGCUGCGAUGGAGAGUGUAUCGAGCAACGUCCAGGCAAUGACUCAUCCUGGAUCGUUUGCAGCCACGCAAGAGAGUUUACAGGGGCUAAGUGAGAACUCUUGAAGACAGAACAGUGUGUGGACAUUUUGUUUUAUACAGCGGACUUUGUGUACAUCAAGGUGCAUUGGUAUCCGUUUAGUGUGAAAUAAACGUGAAUACUGUGUCUUUUUUCUGAAAUGGAUUCAUAUACACUGCCAGCAAGAUGGAUGAAAUUUUGAACAUUUUGUUGACCUUCAGAAUCCCACUGUUUAUAUGCAUCCGAAUUAUUGUUAAGGUUGUUUUUGUCUUUAUAGUAAAAGACCAAAAGUUGCUGACCAGCAAGCAGAUGAGAUUUCAUCCAGGCCCUGUUCGGAUGCAAGGAAAUCUGAAAAUGAAAAGGCUGUUUGUGGUACAUGCCAUGUAUGAACUAAAUACUGACAUGCUAUUUGUCUCCUAUGUAGAAACAGAAUAAGAGAGCCCUCCUCUACACCCAAAACAUAUGUGUUUUUUACUCCUUUCAAAGAUGUUUUUUACAAAUGUUUUCAACAUUAUCUAAGAUUUGUACAUACAAUUCAGAAAUCAUUUACAGAUGUGUUUUUAAAAUGUGUCUGUGCUGUUGUUUUUCUGUUGUACAGUGUUUGAAAUUAAGCGGGAGUCUUUGUUGCAAGCUUAAGAAUCAGUGAGUCCUACAAGUACCUCGUAAGGAUGAGAAAGCCACAAUAAAGCCUAGUGGCUGCAAGAGUUGUAUACACCCCACGGAGUUGAGAUUGAUAGUACGAUCUGCCAUUGAGACUGACAUCCAGUGAUUGAGGGAAAAAAAAUACCAGCGCCUUAAGCAUGCACUAGUUGCAUGGGUAUGUGCGCUAUAUGAAUAUCCUAUAAUAAUAAUAAGUACUAUUGUGGCAUCCCCAAGAACCCAACUGCCCCUCUUAAUUUCAAACACUGUAGAUAUAUUUCUCUUCUAUUUCUAGUGUGAUUGAUUCAGGCUUUAAGCCUACUAUGUUAAUCUGGCUGUAUUUUAGCAUUGACACAAGACUGUUGCAUUGUAUAGAGAUGAACUGAUCCAUGGUAGAACUGUACAUGUUUGUGCUGAAUUCAUGAACUGUUCAUUAAGUGCUAUGAUAUCAUGAAUAUAUCACUGUUUGUUUAACUUACAUCAUGUUAAUGUUCAUUGCUGAAACAUGCUUGGCAUAGUAAGUGCCAUCUUUCAUACAGCAUCAAGAGUUCCUACAAUACUGGGUCCCGAUUCACAAAGUGUUCGCAGCUCUACGUCAUUCGUAAAGCCUAUGGUAACAUUACAAUCACUUUGUGGAUCAGGACCCUGGUCCAGGAUGCUGUUAAUGCUGAGUAUUUAGUAUAUUUUAGGUGAUAUGUCUCCCAGUAUGAUUAUAAUCAGGGUUUUGACUGAUACAAUACCUCCCUGUGUGAAGAUCUGGCAAAUCCUAGCUGGAAAGUCGUGUAAGGUGAACUUUCUGAUCAGCCAAUCAGUGGCAGGCUUCUGAAGUGUCUGCAUGAGGUGGCAACAGGUUGCUAAUAGGGCUGUUUUGCUUCAUGUGUUCACUGAAUUGAUCUUUUUCCCUUCUUGAAUUCAAUUUGUUAUUCGCCGUCACUACAAUUUACAUAUGUGUGAGUGUUUUAAAGCAUUUGUUUUACUUGAAUUUAGGUGUUAUUUAUCAAAACAGGAUGUGGAAAAUGUAAUAUAUCUAAACCAGGUUGGGGGCUGUGGUUAAAGAGUUCGCUUGUCGCCAAAGACCUGGGUUCGAUUUCCCACAUGGGUACAGUGUGUGAAGCCCAUUUCUGGUGUCCCCUGCCGUGAUAUUGCUGGAAUUUUGCUUAAAGUGGCGUAAAACCAAAACUCGCUCACUAAACCAGGUUGAAUAAUAGCCAACACACUCAUAUUCAGUUUGUCAGUUAUGAGAUCACGGGUCGUUCUCAUGAUAGAUUUACACUGUCAAAAUUGCCGAAACAUAUCAAAUAAUUAUUUUCUGAUUGUUUAACUGGAUAUAAUGAAUGGGACGUCAGCUGCUGACUUGUUGUAUUCGUUACCCAAUAUUCAUGACGUGUAUCUUAUUCGCGUCAUUAUGGAUUCGUAACAGCCCUCAAUUUCUGUAUCUCAGAAUCAAACAUAAACAAACUCUUCUGAUAAUGUUUAAAAAUCCUUGUCAUCUCCAUCUCUUCUCCAUGGGACCUGCAUCCGAAACUAGGUUCUGUGACAGUUUUCUUAUACAGAUGUAAAUUUCGUGGUAAUGAAAUGAAACCAAAUUGUUUAAAAAGACACAUCUGUUUGGCUUGAGAACCGAAAGACACUUCAUGGCAAGCUCCACCAUCAACUGCCGAACUCAUAUCAAUUUGUCAUUUCUUCAUGCAGGGGGGUUCACUGUCGCAGUGAAGGAUUUGAUUUCAGUAGAUUGUGAUUUUCCCAACGUGUUUAUAACUUAUAAGAUUGUUUCCAGAUAGCAUCAUGGCAAGCUCACAAGAAACUAGCAUCAUGACAAUUCCUCAAGUCUUUAGAGGAUCCUGAAAAUUGAUUUGAGAAAGAUGGGUGAUGAAAACAAGCUGAUGUGUUACUUGGUGAAUCUCUUUGUUUAUGUAAAACAUUACAUACAGUCUACUUUCUAGAUAUCUGCAGGAAGUGUGUUAUUCUUUAUGUUGUGUCAUCUUUAGCUUCCUAUCAGAAUAAAGCAUUUACGGAGA